GUCUGUGGAUACUCGUCAGUGCAGUACGCGUCGCUCGAAAUAAUAGAUCGCCAACCUUUUGUAUCUUUUACUUUACAUUAAGUUCACAGUUUCUUAACUUGGUUUGGCGUUUAGUUUGAAUUGUGCUAACUUGUACAUCAAUUAUCAAUUAUGAAAACGUGUGCGGCUUGUAACGUACAGUUCAGCGAUGGAGUCCAGUGUGGGAGCUGCAGGAAACAUCUAGAUUUUGGAUGUGCAAAUAUUUCCGAAUCCGGAUGGAGGAAGCUUGGUACCACUAGAAUGGCUCAAUGGAAGUGCCCCACCUGCCGAUCGUCGUCACCGGCUAUGCUUACUCCUGAACCAGCGUCACUUGAAACCAUAUUGAGUGAAAUUCGUGACAUGAAGGUCCAAUUACAGAAUCUGCCAACUUUGGUAGGCGAUCUCCGGGUAAUCAAGGAGGAGUUAGCUGAACUCAAAAUUACAUGGGAAGGCGCGAGUGGUAGACUAGACGAUUUCGACACCAGGCUCGCGGAGGUGGAAGCUAAAGCAUCAGGACUCAGUAACCUUCAGGAAACAGUCAAUAAUCUGCAGACCGACUUGGCGAGGGCGAAAUAUGAACUUACAUCCUACGAACAACGAUCCCGACUAAAUAAUGUUGAAAUUAAAGGAGUUCCUGUAAGAAAAGAUGAAAAUCUUUUCUCCAUUAUUGAAAUUAUCGGCCGGAAGAUUAAUUACAGUUGCCCUAAAUCUCAGGUGAAUUACGUUUCAAGGGUUCCUAUUUUCAACUCGAACGAAAAACUAAUAAUAGUGAGUUUUUUAAACCGAUACGUGAAGGAAGAUUUCAUUGCAGCUGCACGCGCCGUUAAGGACCUAUCUACAUCCCAUAUCGGGUUCCAAGGUACAUCUCAGCGUGUAUAUAUUAAUGAUCAUCUGAGCGUGGAGUAUAAGAAGCUUUUAAGUAAGGUUAAGAUCUUGGCCAAGGAGAAGUGUUAUGAGUUCGUAUGGGUAAAGCAUGGAAAAAUUCAUGUACUAAAAAAUGCUAAUUCCAAAGUAAUUAUAAUACGAAAAGAAACGGAUUUAAACAAGAUUGUAUAACGUGUUUCCUAUGUUUUCUAAGUAUUUUUUUAAUUCUAUUUUACUGUUUUAUUUCAUUUCAAUUACUUAUAGCUAUUCUAACACAUUGUAUCUUUGUAUUUGCUUACCAAAUGUUUAACACCCCGGUCUCACUAAUGAGCUUACCACCACUUUUUUGUUUAGCAAAAAAAUUCCAUUAUAUUUCUUGUCGCGCUGUUUACUUCAAAGCUUCAUCACAUGUCAAUAUGUUUGUCUCGCUCUCGCUUGCACGCACUACGCAAUACUGCUUGCUUAUUCGCACACUAACUUACUACGUAAUUUCUAAUAAAUAUGGUUCUCGCGCAAACUUUUUUACAGUUUACCUUCUUAACAUAUUUAAUGUUUUAUUUUAUAAGAUUAAACAUUAUAAUAUAA